AGAAAUUCAACAACCAAAGAUGAAGUUUCUAAUCUCCUUCCUCAUUCUCCUAAUUUCAUGGCCACCUCUCACUCUUGGAAGGGUUGUUGAAGGAGAGACUGUGUUAUUCCACGUAAAGAACAGGUGUCCAUUUCCAAUAUGGCCGGCAACAGCCCCAAAUACUGGUCAUCCGGUGAUCGCCGACGGUGGUUUCUACCUCCCUUCCGGCAAAGCUCACCGUGUCACUGCACCACCUAAUUGGAAUGGCCGGUUCUGGGCCAGAACUGGUUGUAACUUCAGCUCCGGCUCAUCGCCGGCGUGCCAAACCGGUGACUGCCAAAGCCUUCUUGCAUGCAAUGGCACAAUUGGUCUUCCUCCGGCCACUCUUGUUGAGGUAAACCUAGUGGCUGACUCGAGCAAACCAAGUUUUUACGACGUGAGUGUGGUCGACGGGUACAAUAUUCCGGUGGCCGUCUCGACGGUGCCGUCGAACCCAAAGUGUAUGAUCCAAGGUUGCAAGAAGAGCAUAAACAGUGUGUGCCCUCAAGAAUUACAAGUCCUUGACAAGAUAAAAGGUAAUGUGGUUGCAUGCAAGAGUGCAUGCUUGGCAUUCAAUUUGGACUUGUUUUGUUGUAGGAAUUCAUAUGGGAAGGCAGAGAAAUGCAAGCCAAGCAUGUACUCAGAGAUGUUCAAGGAUGCAUGCCCUUCAUACUUUAGCUAUGCUUUUGAUACUCCAACAUCUCUUGUGGCUUGUGCUUCUAAAGAGUAUUUGAUCACCUUUUGUCCUGAUAAAUGGAAUGUUGAUCAUCAAUAUUCCAUGUAAAUGAUGUACAAGUGCAACCUUUCAACUUUUUCUGUUUUACUCAAUAUAUAAUAGCUUCAUAACUCAUAAGCACAGUACACCAAGUCAGAUGAACAGUUUAAUCGGAAAGAAAAUUUUCAUGCGCUAAUAUUUUACUGUGCACUUUAUAAUGAAAACUGUUUGAUUGAACGGUU